AUUAUAUUAUUCACCAUGAAAAUCUUCUUCGUAAGUGUCGUCACCUUGCUAUUGGUUGUCUGCCUGACUAGCUUCGCCAUGGCAGCAUCAGAAAAUGAGGCUGAUGGCUCUGAGGCCGCUGAAAAUGAGUCGUCCUCUACUUCCGAAUCUGAUGCCCUUGGACGCCACCAGGUGGUCAGUUGUGAUCUAUUGGGAUUCUAUGGCGAUAGUUUGUGUGCUGCUCGUUGCAUAGCUGUGGGAAGACGUGGCGGUUAUUGCGAUUCGCGCAGAGUUUGUAAUUGUCGUAACUAAAAACGAAAUAUAUUUCAAAAUUUGUGUAAAUAAAUUGUGGUCCAUAUUUUAAA